UCUUUGGCCUUCAAAGCCCAAUUGAAUUCUUGUGCUUCUUUCCCUCCAUCUUAAAUUCUCAAUAAUUCACCUUCUGCAUUACGCAUUUUUUUAAUUAAAAAUCUAAAAAUAUCAUUAUUAAUUUUCAAAAAGUACAAAAACCCAAAUCCAAUAUAUAAUUACUGAUCAUAACCUGACUUCCCCGUAUUUUUCUGGGUCUUUGUACUACAUAUCCCCACUUUGUAAGUGCAUUUUUCUGUACUUUGGUUUAGUUUGUAUUUUCCGUCAUCUGGGUUUUGUUCAUCACUUCAAAUUACAAUUUGGGAACAUCAGUUUAUGGCAAUGGCUCAGGAAGGUUCUGAUUCUGGGUCACAUCAUAGAAACUCUGGCUUAUUGAAGGAUAAAGUUCGAUUGGUUAAGAGAAAUGAUUCUAAUCGUUAUGAGGUUGUUCCAAUUCAGGCAUCACUAUCGUUUGAUAAAGGUUUCUUCGUAGUUAUCCGUGCAUGCCAAUUGCUAGCUCAAAAUAAUGAUAGAAUCAUAUUAGUAGGACUAGCUGGUCCAUCAGGGGCUGGAAAAACGGUGUUUACUGAGAAAAUUUUGAAUUUCAUGCCGACUAUUACUGUUAUAUCAAUGGACAACUACAAUGAUGCUAGUCGGAUAGUCGAUGGCAAUUUUGAUGAUCCACGCUUGACGGAUUAUGAUACAUUGCUCCAGAAUAUAAAUGAUCUUAAGGCAGGAAAGCCAGCCCAGGUUCCCAUUUAUGAUUUUAAGACAAGCUCCCGUGCAGGAUACAGGACAGUUGAAGCUCCUAGUUCUCGAAUUGUUAUAAUUGAGGGCAUCUAUGCUUUGGGUGAAAAACUUAGGCCUUUUCUGGACCUUCGGGUGUCUGUAACUGGUGGAGUUCACUUUGACCUUGUUAAACGAGUUUUAAGGGACAUACAGCGUGCUGGGCAAGAACCGGAGGAGAUAAUUCAGCAAAUAUCUGAAACAGUUUAUCCUAUGUACAAGGCUUUCAUUGAGCCAGAUUUAGAAACUGCACACAUAAAGAUAAGAAACAAGUUCAAUCCAUUUACUGGAUUUGAGAAUGCUACUUUUAUCUUAAAGUCGUCAAAGUCUAUUCCAGAGGAUCAUAUUAAAUCUGUUUUGUGUGAGGAUCUGAAGGAAAAUGUUGAGCAGACCUAUGAUAUAUAUCUUCUACCACCAGGUGAAGAUCCAGAAUCUUGCCAAUCAUAUCUAAGAAUGAGAAAUAAAGAUGGAAAAUACAAUCUUAUGUUCGAGGAAGUAUUAAAAGAAAGUCCGUUCAUCAUAUCACCCAGGAUAUCUUUCGAAGUUACCGUGCGUCUUCUUGGUGGACUCAUGGCAUUGGGUUAUACAAUAGCGGCUAUCCUCAAAAGAACCAGCCAUGUUUUCUCAGAUGGUAAGGUGACUGUGAAGAUUGAUUGGCUGGAACAACUCAAUCGUCAUUAUAUCCAGGUUCAAGGAAGAGAUCGUGAGCUUGUAAGAUCUAUUGCUGAGCAGCUGGGUUUGGAAGGAUCGUACAAUCCACGCACUUACAUUGAGCAGAUUCAACUAGAAAAGCUUGUGAAAGAAGUCACGGCACUACCAGAAGAUUUGAAGACAAAGCUCAGCCUAGAUGAUGAUUGGGUUUCCAGUCCUCAAGAAACUCUAUCUCAAGCAUUUGCUGAUACCUGGAGGCACAAGAAUCUUAAGAGUGGUAUGUCACGCUCGUACACUAAUCAGAGAGAGCAGAAUGUUUCCAAGUUUAAUGGCUAUAAUGUGAGCAACAGGAGGUAUGACGAGAGAAAUUCCGAAUCAGUGGGAUCCGAGGGAAACAAGGGAGUUGCUACACAACUAUCGGAACAGAUUUUGACACUAAAUGAUCGGAUGGACGAAUUUACGUAUAGGAUUGAAGAGCUGAGCUCUAAAUUGACAGUCAAGAAAUUGUCUCCUAGUCAACAAAAUAUGGUUCUGCAGUCCGAAACUUGCAAUGGCUCUGCCCCAACAUCAUAUUUUAUAUCUAGCUUGAGCAAUGGAUCGUUAACAGGGUCAAUUCUGCCUAAUUCUGCAUCCUUAUCUCAGUUGAAUAAGGAGUCUCCUCUAAUGGACGAGCUACAAGGAAUAGCACGAGGGCAACGUCAAAUAAUGCAUCGACUGGAUAAUCUGUGCACUCUGUUUCAAGAGAAUUUGGGGGAGAAAAAGAGGUACGGUCGUGUAAGACACGAGGGUAAAAGGAAUAUAGUAGCUGAUUCUGAACCCUUUAAGCUUCCUGUAGCUGUGUUACUUUCAACAAUCGCUUUCGGUGGAUUAGGAAUUGCGCUAUUCAAGGGUUUUAUGAAUCGAAACUGAUCUUACACUAAUUACAUAAAGAUUACGCUUGAAAACUAUCCAUCUUAACAAUUUUACCGUAUUCAUUAGGUAGAAAUUUAACAAGGGUAUGGUUCGCUGUUUUCCUACUCUUUUUGGACCCUGAUCAUAGCUUCCAUGAGCGGGAUAUAUGGGGUAUGAUGAUGAUGAUUAGUAGAAAUUUAACAAGUUUGUUCUUAAUUAAGGCCGGGAAAACAUUAUUCAUAGAUCAUAUUAUUGAUCUAUGUUUUAAGAGAUUUUGAAGGCAUUACUGUUAGAUCCUUCCGAAAUUCUCUUGAGUAGUGUAUGUUCAAAAAAGUAGGGAAGCAAGAAAAGUUUUGUAAGGCAAUUACAGCCUCAUUAUAUUUAACCACCUUUUGAAAAAGGAAUUAAAUGAUGUUAUAUUGUUUGCAUGGUGUUGAAAAUGGUUUUUUGCAUGGGUUAUAUGGGAAAUUAUUAUGUUCCUUAAUAUAUUAAAAAUUACUAUUUUUAU